AUGAAAGGGAGGGAAAAUUACUUCAUUGUCAAACACAUUGGAGCUCGAAAGAUAGCAACAGGAACCGAGGAAACAAUUAAACAAAAGAAAUACGUCACUGAAGGUGACUUGGUGUUCAGUGGAAUAGGUGAUAAAGGUGGAAUAGGUGAUAAAGGUGGAAUAGGUGAUGAAGGUGGUGAUAAAGGUGGAAUAGGUGAUAAGGGUGGAAUAGGUGUUAAAGGUGGAAUAGGUGAUAAAGGUGGUGAUAAAGGUGGAAUAGGUGAUAAAGGUGGAAUAGGUGAUAAAGGUGGAAUAGGUGAUAAAUGUGGAAUAGGUGAUAAAGGUGGAAUAGGUGAUAAAGGUGGAAUAGGUGAUAAAGGUCGAAUAGGUGAUCAAUGUGGAAUAGGUGAUAAAGGUGGAAUAGGUGAUAAAUGUGGAAUAGGUGAUAAAGGUGAAAUAGGUAAUAAAGGUGGAAUAGGUGAUAAAGGUGGAAUAGGUAAUAAAGGUGGAAUAGGUGAUAAGGGUGGAAUAGGUGAUAAAUGUGCAAUAGGUGAUAAAUGUGGAAUAGGAGAUAAAUGGGGAAUAGGUGAUAAAUGUGGAAUAGCUGAUAAAGGUGAAAUAGGUAAUAAAGGUGGAAUAGGUGAUAAAGGUGGAAUAGGUGAUAAAGGUGGUGAUAAAUGUGGUGAUAAAGGUGGAAUAUAUGAUAAAGGUGGAAUAGGUGAUAAAUGUGGAAUAGGUGAUAAAUGUGGAAUAGGUGAUAAAGGUGGAAUAGGUGAUAAAGGUGGUGAUAAAGGUGGACAAGGGGAUAAAGGUGGGAUAGGUGAUAAAGGUGGAAUAGGCAUACAUACAUUGUAUGGUGGGAUUGAUUGA